GGAUCGGACUAACGGGAAAACGCAUCGGCUCGAGCUCACUGUGACAAUCGAUUCUGUACAAUGGGAGCAUCCUCAUCCAGCCUUUUGGACGAGAGUAAAAUAAGCUACGUAAGAGGCCGGACAGAAGCUGAGCUGAAGAAUUUCAGUCCUCAUUACCGGAGACAGAGUUGUGUUGCCUUCUUUUCCCAUCUAAAGGAUGAGGUGGAGCAGCACCGAACCAGUCAGGACAAUUUGCUCAAGCAGAAGGAGUCUCUGCAGGCCUCAGAGGUCCUGUAUAAAGACAGCAUGCUUCACUUUGAUGACAACAGAAAGUGGAGAGAGAGAUUUGUUGUGGUCCGUACCGACUACAGUUUGGAGCUACACGAUAGCCUUGAGACAUUUACAAAGGGAGCCCCGGCACGCCACAAACUCCUGACAACAGGGGGCACUGUAUUGACAUCAGAGGAGAAAUACAAUACAGUCAUUGACAAAGAUUUCCCUGAUCCUAAUGGAUCUAAGGAAGACUCUUCCGUUCCUAUGGUGGUGGUUCCUGGUCCUCUUCCCGUGUACCUGAGACUUCCUUACAGACGAGACUUGUACUUUUGCUUUCAGCAGGAAGAGAAGAGGGCCCGCUUCGUCUCAAUCCUGAACGACUGCAUUCGUCAUCAGAACCAAGAUUAUCUAAAGAGUAUGACAUAUGAAGUGCAGGCUUUCCUAAAGGCCAUUCACUUUUACAGACAGGAGAAAGGGCAUUAUGAAUCAUGGGAUAUGCUGGUGGGCACUGAAUGUCAGGUGUUGGCUAACCUGGUGAUGGAUGAGCUGCUGCCCUCUCUGCAAACAGAGCUGUUGCCCAAGCUGAAGGGGAAGAAGAUUGAGAGGAAGAGGGUGUGGUUUGUGACAGUGGAAGCGACUUAUGAUAUUGUGCAAGAACAGCUGCGGGAGGGCCUUGAGAAUUUAAAAAAGGAGUGCAGAGACGCUACCAGACAACAGGAGGCACUCAUCCGCUCAGACAUGGACCAGAUCAUCAACUCACAGACUUUCCUAGAAACUAAACUGCAAGCUUUGGUAUCAGAUCUAGCCAUGAAAUACUGUGCAGAGAGUGUGGCCCCAUACCUGGCUUCAAUCCUUGAGGAGCUGAUGGGUCCGGUCAGCACAGGCUUCCAGGCCGUGAGGUUGCUCUUGGAGGAUGAACUGACCCGGGUCUGCAAAGAUUUCCCACAGGGCGGAGUCACAGAGGAGCUUCAGAAAGCUCUGCAGCUGGUCGGGCGUGACCGGCUGGAUGACUGUUACCAGCAUGUGAACGUCCUGAAAGAGCAGCUCCAGGAACUCCGCAACCGCUUCAAGUUCUCCAACUCGAUGUGGCUUGUGCACUACACACAGAACCAAAUGCAGCAGCUGAUGGAGAAUGCAGUGUUCACAUUUGAACUGCUGCUUGAAACUGGAUUAAAGGAUAAACCUGACAAACAGGCCUCACACAUGGAGAAAGCAAAGCUGCGUAUUCUCAAGCAAUUUGACUAUGACAGCAGCACAGUAAGAAAGAAGAUAUUUCAGGAUGCCUUGGUUGAUAUCACUCUGCCUGCCAUCAGAAGAAAUCUAGCCGCUGGCUGCAAGACGGAGCUUUCGAAUUUCGAACAAUUCAUCUUUGCAGACUACACAAACUUCGUUCAAGUGGAUAAUGUCUAUGAGAAUAUAUUACUCAACGUUUUAAAUAAUGACGUUCACAAAGUGGUGAAAGAGGCGGCCAGCCUAAAGAAGAACAACCUGUUUGGUGACAGUACUGACCUGCACUGUGUUAGUCAGAGCAGCCUGACUGACAGCCGGACUCCGCCCCUCUCCGCUCCAUCCAGCCCGCCUGUAGUACUGGCCUCUGUUGCUCUCGCUCAACAGGCGGAACACAAACCAACCUCUGCGUUAAGAGAAACUAUCAUGGAGGAGGCCGGACAGAAAUCAGUCAUACCUUCAGUAACCAUUACAGUGUCUUCUCCAGAAUCUGAGGAACCCACAGCGCCAUCAAGUGUUGUUGAAACGGUUCAACCAGAUGUUCUAUCAACAUCACCUGAUAGCACAACUCCUGUUCCAGAGAUGUCUUCAUCCCCUGAUACCAUAACACCGGACAUCUCCGUGACUGAAGCAGUAUCAACCACAUCUAAAGUUCCUACAAAACCCGCAUCUGUAGAUUUAUCGUCUUCAGGACCACAGGAACCUUUGUCUGACAAACCAGGAUGUUCUGCUAUUAGUUCCUCUUCGUCCGAGAGUUCUGACCAAGCGGUUUAUCUCAACUCAACAGCUGCAGGAAGUCCCGUUCCUCCUGCUCUUGAAUCAGAGAAUAUUGAGGUCCCUCUGUGUGCUAGUGUUUUAGCAGAUGAAGAGAGCAAAGAUACAAGUUCUACUCAGUCUGAAAUCGAAGAAGCAUGCAUCCACCCCGUCCAACCUGGCGCUACAAUGGAGACCAAUGCUGAAGUUCUGCCAGACCUGGACCACAUAGUCACUCCAGAAAACACAAGCACCUGCAAUGAGAACACUGUGGAUAACAUAGACUGUGACGUAAUGCCCUCUAGUGAAGAGAAGAAUGAAAAUGUAGAGGAAGACAUACCAGGAAUCUCUGUUACUUGUGACUCUGUUCCUGAUGUGCCAGUAGAGGAUGCUGUUGCUUUAACAUCGGAGUUGAACCACAGAGUCACUGCUGUGUGCACAGAUGCGCCAGAGGCAGAAGAAACAGCUGACAGUGUGAAGGCCAUCAAAGAUCUGAUCAUGGAGGUCAUUGAAGUAGAGGACGAAGUGAGACCUUGUGUUGAAAAUUAGUUGUGAAUUGUUU